AUGGAAUUUCAAAACCGAAGGCGUCUCCACGUGGAUAACAACUUAACACCUGAGCCCAACACGCGAAUGAACCUAGAAACUGACACGUGUCCUGUCUUCCUCGUGCAAUGCUCACUGAUCCACGGAGACGAUGUUGAGAUCAUUGAAAAAUCACUUUCGACGACAUUACUGAAUCAAACUUCUUCGAUGACCGAAAUCUACAGAACAAUCUCCACCGCACGUAGAGACGACGUUUCUCCGACUAAAUGCCGUGAGCGCCGUCGACGGAGAAUCGAGAUGCGGAGGCAAGCGGCGGUUUUCGGCGAAACAAGUUCGUCUUCAUCGUCCAAGAACCGAGAUCGGACGGAGCAAGACGUUUAUUCAACCUUCAUUCCUGUCAGGAAACAGCCAUGGAGAACGACGACGGAGAUCGGCGGUCUUCCCGGGAAUAUCGGAGUGGCGUCUCCGUCUACCUCUCACUGGAAAUCGGAAACUCAAGUGAGGAAGAGAGAAGAAACAGACGAUGAGCCGAUGUACGGAAUAGUUUCGGUUAUGGGAAGAUCCCGUAAGAUGGAGGACACGGUUACUGUUAAACCGAAUUUAUGUAAACCGGAGAUUAACCAACAAAAACCGGUUCAUUUCUUCGCUGUAUACGAUGGCCAUGGCGGUUCUCAGGUGUCAACAAUGUGCAGCACGACGAUGCACACGUUAGUUAAGGAGGAGCUGGAGCUAGAAGAGGAUGAAGGAAACGACGUCGUGGAGAAGAAAUGGCGAGGAGUGAUGAAGAGGAGUUUCGAGAGGAUGGAUGAGAUGGCGACGAAAUCGUGCGUUUGUGGAACCACCGCGUUGCUGUGCGGCUGCGAUCCAAGGGAAGCUGCGAUUUCGGGUUCCACGGCGGUUACGGCGGUUCUGACGCAAGAGCACAUAGUCGUAGCCAAUACAGGUGACUCACGUGCGGUGUUGUGUCGAAGUGGGAUGGCUAUACCUUUGAGUAACGAUCAUAAGCCGGAUAGACCGGACGAGCGUGCGAGGAUUGAAGCAGCUGGUGGUCGAGUUUUAGUUGUGGAUGGAGCUAGAGUUGAAGGGAUUCUAGCCACGUCGAGAGCCAUAGGGGAUAGGUAUCUAAAGCCAAUGGUAGCAUGGGAACCAGAAGUAACAUUCAUGAGAAGGGAAUCUGGAGAUGAAUGCUUAAUAUUGGCGAGCGAUGGGCUUUGGGACGUGCUCUCGAGUCAACUAGCUUGCGACAUAGCUAGGUUUUGUCUCCGCGAAGAUACUUCCUCGAGUCUUGAUUUAAACAGAACGGCUCAAGAAGACGACAACGGAGGAGGAGGAUCAGAACAGAAUCCUUCGAGGAGUGCAUUGGCUGCAACGUUGCUUACACGGUUGGCUUUGGGUAGACAAAGCAGUGACAAUAUAAGUGUGAUUGUCAUUGAUCUCGAGAAUAGCUCUCAAUAGUACUGGUUUCGCAUCAGUUUUUUUUUGUUCGGUUAUAAUGCCAAAGGAAUAAGAAAAUGUUGAUUUAGCGAUGAGCCUUGAUUUGUUUUUAGGGCUUAUUGGUUGUGUCUU